UGUAUGUAAAUUUUAGUUAAACGUUUCGCGUUACACGGUUUACUCCGCGAAACAGAGCUCGUGGAGAAAACGACCGAUAGCCGCGGCAGCAGCGUGGUGCGGCGUGCAGCAGUGUUUAUUGGCAGGCGCCCGUAUGUAAUGACGACAACGGCAACAGUCACACGAUAAUAAUAAUUAUAUAAAAAAAAAAAAAUAAAAAUUAAUUGAUUUUUUUUUUUUUGUUUCGUGCGGUGUGCAUCAACAAGUUUAUUCGAUCCGACCGGUGGUGAUUAUUGUAGUUGAUAAUGACAAAAACUUCAACGGCAUCUAAUAAAUCGCUGCACCUAACUGGGAUCGGAUUGGCAGUCCAGGCGUUUUACAUAAAUUUAACACUGGACACUGUGAUGGGCGGUGAUUUUGUUCAAAUAAAGCCUGCUGGUCCACCCAUCAUCAAUCCGGCGGGUGUCUGGAGCGUGGACCAAGUACCCCAGGGGUAUGCUACCGCUGGCAGUAAUUUGGCGUUGAACGGUUUGCAGGCAUUGCAGGCCUUCGGCGGCAACAAAAUCGAUGCUAAUGGUUAUCGGGAUCAGAAUGGAUUUUAUCGGGACAACAACGGCGCUUUGAAUGGAUACGACGUCGGCAAUACAUAUGGCGGUGUCAACGAUCGCGGCGUUACAAGUGUGGAAGGAGGAGCUUAUGGUGGUAUUAACGGACGAAACAAGGGACACCAAGUCGCUGGAUUCAGCACUUCGUAUCAAAAAAAUGAAAGCGGCAAUAAAGCUACGUAUUACGACGAUGGUCUAGGACACGGGGGAGUGAUUCAGUACGGUGCGAAAGAUCAAAGGUUUAGGGACGGAGAAGGGAAAACUUACGGAGGAGGAUAUCACGAUUCGUCGAUCAAAACGAAUGCAGAAGGUCAACAAGGUCAGUUCGGCAAAGGAGAUGGCUAUCAUACAGCCGGAGGUCAAGCCGGCGAUGCCGUCAACAACCAGCUCUACGGUACGAACUCGGGCAGCGUCAGUCCGAGCAUAGGGGCUGGCACCCCGGUGUUGGUGUCCGACGCUUUGCCACCGGUCGUACAUCUGCCCCCGCAGUACGUGCAACAGACAUCGCAGUACGUACCCCAGGCCCCGUACGUCCCACCGCAGGCCCCGUACGUCCCGCAGGCACCAUUCGUAGCACAGACCCCGUACGUCCCACAGGCCCCAUUCGUGCCCCAGGCCCCUUUCGUGCCCCAGGCCCCGUUCGUGCCCCAGGCUCCUAACCUUUACCAGAACAACAUUCCGCAAAUCCCGCCGGUUAUUCAGCAACAAACAGGAUCGGUGUUGCCGCCGUACAACGUGCAACUGCCCGCCUUAACCUUGACGGCCCGCUCACCGUCCGGACAGUACGUCGUGCCCAUGCCGCCAAAGCUUUACGUGGAUAAACCAAACGCUACCUCCUCGGAUGGUUGAAAUAUCAAAUUAAAGGCUACAUUUUUUUUCUGUGUGUUCCGUAUUGAUAUACAUGAGAUCGCGAGUUACUUGUUCGGAUCAUUGUGUCUAAUAUUUUAAUAAAUUCCCGGACAGCGAAAAAUCGGUGAAGAUUUCGAACUUUAUGCUACAUUAGGUAUCGCUCACACUCGUUUACAUAAAUAAUCGGUAGAAGUAAAUGUUUUUCAUUAGUAUAUAGUAGUGGUGUUUUGUUUCCUUUUAGUCGUUUUUAUAUAUGUAUCUUAUAUGAUAUAUUGUGUUUUUUUAUUUUUACCAUAAAUUAUUAUUUAAUUGUUAGGAUAAAACUACAAAUGUGCUAUCACAAUAAUGUCAUAGUCCGGUGCAAAAAUGUGAUCGGAUUCCAUAGGUCAAAAAGGUUUCGAAUGUAUUAUUAUUUAUGUUUUUAUUUUAAUUAUAGUUUAUUAUUAUAGUUAAGGAUAAACAACCAUUAAGUUAAAUCCAUAAUAUAGUAGUUUUUUAUUUUUUAUAAGCAGAUUUCAGUAUUUGAAGCUAUUAUAUUAACACUUAAUUACCAUGUAUUUUA